AUGGCGAAAAGGACAGCAACAGAAAUACAAGCUGCUGUACAAAAUGAGCUUGCGGAUACGCCAUACGCGACCGCAUCGCUACGGGCUCUUACAGGAGGCAACGCCAACUUCAUCUAUCAUGCAAAGCUUCAAACUCCUUUACCAGAUGGGCCUGCGGAUGUCGUGGUAAAACACGGCGAAGGAUAUGUCGCAACGAGCCCUGAAUUUGCCAUUACUAUUGCCCGAUGUAACGUCGAGGAGUCAAGUCUACGGUAUAUGGGGCGUUUCCCGCCCGUGACUACACCUAUGUUCAGCGUCAAGACUCCGACACUGUUUUACUUCAACCCGGCGACAAGCACCAACGUUCAAGAGUACCUGACUGAUGCGAUGAGCCUGAAGCAAUAUGCGCUUGAACACUUUAAAUCGGUUGAUUCGGAAAUGAUAAAACCACAAUGUCUGGAGCUGGGGAAGUCUUUGGGCAUGUGGCUGCGCAAAUUCCAUGCCUGGGGUCGACAACCGGCGAACAGCGACGUUCGCGACCUGGUCUCCAGCAACAAGGAGAUGCAAAACAUCAAGAAAAUGAUGAAUUACGACAACUUGUCUCAAUCUAUGGAGAAAUGGCAACCCGAUUUAGGGGAUUGCAGCGAAAUGUUCCAGCAGGUCGCCGAGAUGGCUACCGCCGAGCUUCAGGAUAGCGACGAGCUGGAUGUGAUCCACGGAGAUUUCUGGACCGGAAAUAUACUCAUUCCCAACGCAGUCAUUGAUACGAGCAAGCAGACACAGAUUUUUGUCGUCGAUUGGGAGAUGGCACAGCUGGGUGUGCAGCCUGAGGAUUUUGGCCAACUUGUCGCAGAACUAUGGCAGCUCAAGUUGUAUGCCGACAUUGAUGCCGGUCUAUGGAUCAUUGAGGGAUUUGCGGACGGAUAUGGCAAGGUGAACGCUGCGUUUAUAUUCCGCGCCAUCGUCCACGUAGCAGCGCACUUGGUCGGCUUCGGAGCUAAUACGCCCGGAUGGGGCACACCAGAGCAGAACAAGAAAGUUGCGAUGGUCGGCAAAGAAACUAUGAUGAAGGCGUGGAAGAAAGAUCUUAAGGCCUUUGAAGGCCAUGAUCUUGAAUGCCUGUUUAGGAAUAGCUGA